UGGGGGGGCUCAUUCUUUCCCACUUCGCAGAGCAGUGGCGAGCAUUAAAGGCAAUUGUCCAGGUCGCCGGGAGUGUCAUGGUGCUGGUAGUAGGUGAUAGCUGUCAGUGUUGUUUACGAAUGCGGAAUCUCCGCUCAGAGGAAGUGCCAUCACGCGGCCACGAAGGUGGGACUUUCCACCAGGCCCUUGUCUUAGAGCAAGGAAAACAGCUCCGAUUUGAGGAACUAGUGCUUCUUCCUCGGUGCUGGGGAGAAAUCCCGGAGCUGUCUCCUGGGGAACUGUGGAAUGUGCCCCUGGGGGCCCAGUAAAGCAGAAGGAAGAUGCUUCAGACCAGUAACUAUAGCCUGGUACUGUCCCUGCAGUUCCUCCUGCUGUCCUAUGACCUCUUUGUCAAUUCCUUCUCGGAGCUGCUCCGGAUGGCUCCUGUCAUCCAGCUGGUGCUCUUCAUCAUCCAGGAUAUUGCAAUCCUCUUCAACAUCAUCAUCAUUUUCCUCAUGUUCUUCAACACCUUCGUCUUCCAGGCUGGCUUGGUCAACCUCCUGUUCCACAAGUUCAAAGGGACCAUCAUCCUCACAGCUGUUUACUUUGCCCUCAGCAUCUCCCUUCAUGUCUGGGUCAUGAACUUACGCUGGAAAAACUCCAACCGUUUUGUCUGGACAGACGGACUUCAAACGCUAUUUGUAUUCCAGAGACUAGCGGCAGUGUUAUACUGUUACUUCUACAAACGCACAGCUGUGAGACUGGGUGAUCCUCGCUUCUACCAGGACUCUUUAUGGCUGCGCAAGGAGUUCACGCAAGUCCAAAGGUGACCGCUGCUUGUCACACUGAUGGAUGCCUUUCCCUCCUGACAGAGGCUACAUUUGUGCCUCUGUGAGGUGGGGGUUGGCUCUGCACAGGAAGCACCUUGACUUUCCUACGACAGGCCACUUAACGUUCAACAGUCAAGAAGGAAGAUCUUCCCUCUUGCAAAUUAAAGUGUUUCCCAAUACAGGCUUCAGUACAAAACCCUCCCUGGCCUUCUACCUCAGUUCUGCCCCUUUUCCUUUCCUACUCUCUACCCCUCUUCUCACACAAGGCUGUGAGGCUUGAUCCUUGGGAAGUUGUCACUUAGCCUAGUACAGGAGGGGCUCCUGGCACCUGCUUUCUUUGCACCAAACAUAAUUAAUGGAUGCAAAGAGUGACAUUUCUCAGCUCCUGCCUGAUCAUACCGUAGACAUUUAGAUUUUAUAACGAAGGCAUUUUUUUACAUUUUAUAAAUAGGAAAUAAAUUGAGUUCUUUUUCCAUAAAUUUGGUGGAGUCUGUUUGUGUAGCUAGAUCUCUUUGCAGAUAAGAGGCAUGUCAGGUCCUGGCCUUAGCAUUUACUUGACCGGGUGGGCAGCUUGAGCCACAGAACAAAUAAAGAUAUUUAUUGAAUGCCGU